UGACCUUCGUUUUACAUUUAAUUGAAGUUGAAAACGAAAAUCACAUCAGGUCAUUCUCAACUCGUCGCCAUCAUCACCGUCAUGACGAAUAAUGGAAUUGAGUAAAAACGGAGUCGACGCCGACGCCUCUGUCAUCGGCUGCGCUAUCGACUCCGUACUGCCCGUCAGUACGGCUACCUCUUGUCAACACCAAGACUCUGAAGCUGUCAACGUCGACACGUUGCAACGCAAAAUCGACGUGUUGGAGGCGGAAUUUCUCGGUGCCUGGCAGAUUCUUGAAUUCCUGUCCACCGAAUAUCUAGCCAUGUGGGAAAGAUUGGAAACAGUCGAGCUGCUGCUCUAUCAACAACAAGCCACCAUCGCCCGGCUUGUUGGCACGUAUGGGGACAAGGUGGCCGAAGAGAAACAAUGUGCGGACAAGUCGGCUAUUAGCGAAGCCAAAUCUGCUAUUAGCCAUAUCCAUAAUGGACCCAAUCUAUCACACUUCAAAGAGGAAGAAGACGAUGAUGACGACGAUGACAAGUUCGCGGCCAAAGUGGAGGCCCAACUGCGUUCUCUCGAGUCGUCAGAGCCGCAUCCUUACUCGAUUACACCGGUUGAUAGGUCUCGUCACAACAGUCGAUUGUCAGCUGACGAAGCGUUUUAUCGUAGCCUCAAUUCGGCCCAUCGCGACAGUCCGUCGGUAAUGUCCGAGUCGGACAACGAGUUGCGGAUGAUUUGGGAAUCGAGUUCUGCGGGCCAGCAAUUUCGUCGAGAUUCAGUCCGUCCGUCUGAAGAGCCAGUGGGUCACGUCUUCAGCGCCCAAGAUUACUGUCAUUAUCGGCACGGUAAUACAAGCAGCCAAGAUGCUUGGCAUAAAAGCAAAAAAGCCAAGCCGCCCGACGAACCGGAAGAAGACGCGCAAACGGAAGACGAUGAAUGGACGUGGAAGACGAACAUGGCCGCCGGCAGUUCGUCGGAUUGCGCCAGUCAGAUUCGCGAAAUAGAACGCGUUAGUCGCAAGUUAAAAAGAGAUUCGCAAAGACUUCAGGAACUUCGCGAGCGGCUCGUCCAAUCGUCCAGCGUUCCGCAGCGUGUAACUCAGCGUGACCCGGCCGAUUCCGGUAGCGAUCUCCACGAACAACUUAGACUGGCGUUUCUGGAAUCAGCUCGCCAAAAGUCGGUCCGACUCGAACAGCGCCGACAACUUCAAAAACCUAAAGCCAACUCUUUGAGCUACCCUUCCAACAGUCAACAGCCAUCGAUCUAUUCCGGCUCCUCAGCAGCCGCUCCUGUUCAUAUCGAUCCGCUGCAUCUGGGGCGGAGCAACAGCUCCGACAAUGUGUCGCCCAGUUUUUCUUCGUACCUGCGAACGCCGAUCGAAAAGCAAGCUGGUCACGAUGACACUCGCACAUCUAAUCCGACAUCGCCCCAGCGCUCGAAAUCGGCUCAGAAAUCGCCAACGUUGCAGAAUAAAACGCCCACAAUAAAAACGAGAAGCGCGUCGGAAGAAACGAAUGCCAACUGUUCGGGUAACUUCCUGACGACGGCCAGCACGAAAUCGCCUAAUAAGGUGGCCGUUCGUGGCCGUCGAACACAACUAGGAGGGGAUCGUUCGCCAACGAAAGUCAAUCGAAUCAGUUCAAUGCGAUCCGAUUCGGGUGUCUCUUCACUUAGUGGAAAUUGGUCAUCAAUGGACCCGGAAAGAUCACCCGUUAGUCCCAGUCAAUUACAAGUCCUGGCCGGCCAUCAUUCGUCCACGCAGCAGCAAGUCGAAUUGGUUAAUUCGGCGCCACCUCCGCCGGCCCCCGCAGACGACCAAAUUAUUCGACCGAGUAGCCGCAUGAUGUACGAACAACCGGCCGUUUCUCCUUCCACGCGUUCCAGGCCCCAACCGAGUCAGAUCCAGCCGCAUUUAACUACGGAAACGUGGAAUGUGCAGGGCUCUAUUUGUUCUGUAGCUACAGCGGCGUAUCCAGCCGCCACGCGGGCAGAAGCUUAUCCUGAUUCAAUUCAUCAUUCGCACGAAGCACUCGGCGGCAAUCGCACACGACGCAAUCAUUCGACGCCACACACUUUAUCUCGCAAUGAUUCCACAUGGAUGGAAACGGAAAUUGACAACCCAUUUUUGCCGACGACGCUGGAUGAUGAUUGGUACAGUCCGCGGGGUGUUGUCCAUCCUCAGAAUGCACCGCAACAUCAGUAUAGAUCAAAUACACCGAGUCCCGCUCCCGGUUCUUUACCGGAGGGACAUUUCGUUCCAGAACCAGCCAAUGUGACUAAUCAGCAGCCGUUCUUGUAUCCCACCGUGACGUUCGAGCCGUGUCGGGAUGAAUUGAAUCGCAAUUUUGAACCUACCAACUUUAUUCAACAACCGAAAUCAGCUGGAUGUUCUCCGAGGCAACGUCGUAGACUCCACUCCUCUCCCACGUCAUCUUUGGCCAGCCAGCGAUAUCAGGAUUUCAAUCAAAUACAGCAUCAGCCAAAUCAACGUCUAGAACAUCAACUCUCUUCUCCUGGCCGGUUAAUUCAAACUCAAGGUGAACAGUUAUCAUCCUCUUCAUCGAUCGAUUAUUACGAACUCUAUUACCAAACGCCGUCGUCCCUUGCCCAGCAGCCUUCCCAACAGGAACAGAAUCAUAAUUCGUACGACAGUCAGGAGGGUGUCUAUUUGUUUCGCAAUCCGCUUCCUAAUUACGAAGAACAAUCGUCGUAUGACACCAAACGUCGAAUGGGACAGGAAAGCGAAUCGACUUCUCGCGCCCUUACGUCAUCUCCGUUUCCAGCUUAUACGACUUCGGGUCAGGUGAUUGUGUCUCAGUGCGGAUAUAUUUCUAUCGCCGCUUCCAGCGCUCCGCCCCGCGCUCUAUCUCCGGGCAAACAGCCGCGUAGCAGCCCGCGCAAGAAGAUUCGCUCGGCCGUUAAUCAGCUCGUACCUUAUUUCAACCGGCCGAAAUUGAAGAAUCGUUCCAUCUCGUUGCCCGGUGUGGACGCAAUGCAAGAAAUGGAUGGACAGCCUUUGUCUCACAGCGCCAGCGGAAGUACCGGCCAUUUUAGUAAAUCAGACGAAGGCCAUGGCAAACGUUUUUCUUUCAGCCGGACGUCUUCGUUGCCGGGCUUGAAAAAAGGCAAGAAGAUGAUGAAACAAUUAACGAACAUGAUUGGAGGACGGAGAGGAAGUGCGGACGAAAAGAGGCCCGAAAGUCUGCACAGUUUGCCUCAACAGAACGACGAUUGGGUGAUGACGCCCCGUCGGCCCCUACGGACCCUAGACGUCGUUGGCAAUCAUUCGAGCGACCAUAGCAGCCGAGCUUUUGUCUCGUACUGUAACGAAGGAUUUGAUUCCGGCAACGAUUGGGACGAUGAUGCGACGGGACCAGUGGCGACGUCAAGUGGCGCUAGUAGAGCGUGGGACAAUUCCCAUAUUGCCUCCAUUCCUGGGACGGAACCGUCACAUUUAGCGAGGCGACCGAGUGGCCCGUCCUAUGGAGAAUUUGCGGCCUCUAGAGCAUUGGGCCGUUACAGAAGAUUGGCAGCAGCUGAAGCAGCCGCCACUACGGUUCCAUCUCCGGCUCCAAUGGCAUUGCCCGACGUAGCCAUCGUUUCGUCCAGCAGUAUUCAGUCGGACAAUCGCCGUAGAGAACGUCCGCCGUCCAUUUCGGAUGAUGACGCCAGUGUUAGUCUCAGUUUGAAUUUGGAUUUCGUGACCCGUCGCCCGUCGGGAGAAGAGCAGACGGAAAUAAAGGAACAAAAGGAUUGUGACAGCGAGGAAAUCUUUUUUCCAAAAGUAGCCAUCAAAUGCAGCCCGAAGCGAAGCCAAAGUGAAGAUGGCGCUGCAGCAGAUGAUUCCCCGAAAAAUGUAAUGACUGUGCAACCAUGCCCGCAAUCCAUGGAUUACCUUGAACCGGAACAAUUCCGGCCAACGGCCAAUAUUGAGAGUGCACCCUCUUCCCCAAGGCCAUUGGCCAACGUUAACCGAACGGCCCCGCGAUGGCAGAGCACUGAAGACAGCAUCGAUGUCGAUGAUGAAUGGUAUCGCUAUGGGAUGCUGCAGCUGGAAGAGAUGGAACGAAGGGCGGAAUCUGUUGGAACUGACCUGUUGGCUGAAGCUGCUCGCCAAUAUAAUCAACAGACAACAUACGACAAUCAAAUGCAAGCCGUUUUAAAUGAACUUCAAGCCCGGAUUCCAGUUUAUCCAGCGCUGGAAGGCGAUGCCAUCGUUAACGGCAUGCGGCCCUCUGGUGAGGACGCCAGUUAUUUGCCUCCGGCUGAAGCAACGUGGGACUAUGCGACUCCGGUUGUUUACGAGACGGCCAUGACUGCCGAGCCGCAGUGCGUGGCGGAUGAAGAGAAUGACGACUGGGCAUCGUAUACGAGUUCACCAAACAGAGCCGGAUUUACUGUCCAAGAACCGGCCGUCGAGUCGAAACAAGUUAGCGUCAAAGCGCACGAUGAGGACGAUGAAGACGACGAUGAUUAUUCUUCCGGCGAAACCAGCGGACCAGAUUCUCCGCAGAACCAGAGUUUCGAUGAAGAUAACGAGGGAGAAAACGAGCUUUUUUAUCACUACGAAGACGAUAACAAAGAACCGGAAUACUGCGAAGCAACUAGGCACGCGGGCGACGCUGCAAUAGAACCGACGACGUUUGCGGCGGCUACAGCUGGAUCGUAUCCGAAUAACCGGCAUUCUAUAUCCGGCUCCAGAGGGUCAGACAUCUUUCCGAGCAGCGGGAACAUCCUGUCGGCCGCCGGAAGCACGGCCAGCAACAUCGCCUCGUCCGUCUUUUCCUUUUUCACCUCAACUACGGCGCUGAAAGACGGAAACGAAGAAGCAUCGGAACCGCAACCUUACGGGACGGAUGUCUACUACGCCAGCGUCAACAACAUCGCUGCAGCUGGAACAUCACCGGUGCCGACAGCAAAAACGGCCAUUGAAUCCCCCAGUCAUGGCGUAGAAGUCAACCUGAGUUACAUUCAAGAUGGCGAAGAUAACAUGGAUCCGAUGGAUGUUGAACAGCAGAAGAUACUCAAAUCGACAGCGAAGGGCAGCGCGGCCCGUUGGAAAUUAGUCAAGACACUGCGAGAUAAGAAAGCUGAAACGGCUAGCGUUGGUGCACGUCCAUCACCAACGACAGCCACGAGUCCAACGAAUAUCGAUGCGAAUGGAGCCGGUGGAGCUGGAGGACGUGGCAGCCGAGCUAAUGGCCUGCCCGGUGAUAAUCCGUUCUACAGCAACAUCGACAGUAUGCCAGACAUACGACCCAGGAGGAAAUCGAUCCCUCUCGUCUCUGAGCUGACGAUGGCGGCGACGAAACGCAAUGCCGGCCUGACGUCAGUUCUACCCCGAGCCACACUAAACGACGAAGAACUGAAAAUGCACGUGUACAAGAAAACGCUGCAGGGUCUCAUCUACCCAAUAUCGAGCACGACUCCGCACAAUUUCCAGCCGUGGACGGCCUCAUCGCCGACCUACUGCUACGAGUGCGAGGGCCUUCUGUGGGGCAUAGCCCGACAGGGAGUCCGUUGCACUGAAUGCGGCGUCAAGUGCCACGAGAAGUGCAAGGACCUGCUCAAUGCCGACUGCUUACAAAGAGCUGCCGAGAAGAGUUCCAAGCAUGGCGCCGAGGACAAAACGCAGAUCAUCAUCACGGCAAUGAAGGAACGCAUGAAACAGCGUGAGCGUAACAAGCCCGAGAUCUUCGAACUUAUUCGGGCCGUGUUCGGAGUAGAGGAACGCAGUCAUAACGGUCACAUGAAAGCCGUCAAGCAAUCCGUACUGGACGGGACGAGCAAAUGGUCAGCUAAAAUAGCUAUUACAGUGAUUUGCGCCCAGGGUUUGAUCGCCAAAGACAAGAGCGGAACUUCCGAUCCAUAUGUCACCGUCCAGGUAGGCAAAGUCAAGAAGAGGACCCGCACGAUGCCACAAGAGUUGAAUCCAGUCUGGAACGAGCGAUUUUACUUUGAAUGCCACAAUUCCUCGGAUCGGAUCAAAGUUCGGGUUUGGGACGAGGACAACGAUUUCAAGUCUAAAAUGCGUCAGAAAUUUACUCGUGAAUCGGAUGAUUUCCUUGGGCAGACCAUCAUCGAGGUUCGAACACUUUCGGGUGAGAUGGACGUCUGGUACAACUUGGAGAAGCGAACAGACAAGUCAGCCGUUUCCGGCGCCAUUCGCCUUCACAUCAGCGUGGAAAUCAAAGGAGAAGAAAAGGUGGCCCCCUACCACGUCCAAUACACCUGCCUCCACGAGAACCUCUUCCACUACCUGUCGGAACAGGUCCACCAUGGCGGAGUGAAAUUGCCUACAGCCAAAGGGGACGACAGCUGGAAGGUUUACUUCGACGAACCGUCUCAAGAGCUGGUGGAGGAAUUCGCGAUGCGUUUCGGCAUCGAGCCCAUCUACCAGGCCAUGACACAUUUCCACUGCCUCUCUACCAAGUACCUUUGUCCGGGUGUACCUGCUGUCAUGAGCACCUUGUUGGCCAACAUCAACGCCUUUUACGCUCACACAACCGCCUCAACAGCCGUCUCGGCUUCCGAUCGAUUCGCCGCUUCAAACUUUGGAAAAGAGAAGUUUGUCAAGCUGUUAGACCAGUUGCACAAUUCGCUGCGAAUCGAUCUGUCCAUGUACCGGAACAAUUUCCCGGCUUCAUCCCAAGAGAAGCUCAUGGAUCUCAAGUCUACCGUCGAUCUGCUCACUUCGAUCACGUUCUUCCGAAUGAAGGUGCAAGAGCUCAGCUCGCCACCAAGAGCCAGCACCGUCGUCAAGGAUUGCGCCACGGCCUGCCUCAAGUCCACCUACCAAUUCCUAUUUGAAAACUGCUAUGAACUUUACGCUCGUGAAUAUCAGGCGGAGCCCGGUGAGUCUAAAAGAGAUCCUGAAGAUCACGGCCCCAGAUUGGACAGUGUGGAUUUUUGGCACAAAUUGAUUGCUCUUAUAGUUUCGGUGAUUGAAGAGGACAAGAACAGCUACGCCCCAGUUUUGAAUCAGUUUCCACAAGAGCUCAACAUCGGCCAACUCUCAGCGUACACCAUGUGGACACAGUUCGCUGUCGACAUGAAGUAUGCACUGGAAGAGCACGAACAACAGCGACUCUGCAAGUCUUCCGCCUACAUGAACCUUCAUUUCAAAGUCAAGUGGCUCUACAAUCACUACGUUAAGGACUUGCCACAGUACAAGGGAGCCGUUCCAGAAUAUCCGGCAUGGUUUGAACCGUUUGUAAUGCAAUGGCUGAACGAAAAUGACGACGUUUCGCUCGAGUACCUACAUGGAGCCUUCAAAAGAGACAAACAAGAUGGGUUCCAGCGAAGCAGUGAACACACACUUUUCUCGACGUCGGUCGUCGACAUUUUCACGCAACUUGCCCAGUGUUUCGAUGUUGUGUCGAAACUUGAGUGCCCCGAUCCAGAAAUCUGGAAACGUUAUAUGAAACGAUUCGCCAAGACCAUCGUCAAAGUAUUACUUGCCUAUGCCGACACUGCCAAGAAAGAAUUUCCUCAGUUGACCAAAGAUGAACGAAUCGCCUGCACGCUGAUGAACAACAUCCAACAACUCCGAGUUCAACUGGAGAAGUUGUUUGAGCAAAUGGGAGGUUCAAAACUUGAAGAAGACGCUGCCAACAUCCUCAAAGAACUUCAGCAGUCGCUCAACAACGUCCUGGAUGAACUGGCUACCAUGUUUGCUAAAAGUCUCGAACCGAAGAUCACAGUCAGCGUAAAAGAAGUGGGCGAUCUUUUGUCGCACAUCAAAGGAGGCGGACAGGUUUCGCUGACGCAGCCGUCGCAGCGAAACGCAGUUACCACGGAGGCCGACGAUUCGCUCAAGCCUCUCAUGGACUUGCUCGAUGGUUCACUUUCACUUUACGCCGAGUCGUGCGAAAAGGCUGUGCUCAAACGUCUGCUCAAGGAAUUAUGGAAAAUAGUCAUGCACACAAUGGAGAAGACCAUCGUCCUACCACCAAUGACCGACAAGAGCAUGAUCUUGAAGAACUUGACGGACAACGCUAAGAAUUUGGCGGCCAAUGCCAAAAUUGAAGACAUGUCACGGCUCUUCAAGAACAGCGUGGCUGGCAAGCAGGAUGUCAAGAGUGCCCUCAGCGGAGUCAUGGAAAUAUCCAAGGAGUUCGAAAAGAACCUUACUCCAAAGCAGUGCGCUGUACUGGAUGUGGCUCUUGACACCAUCAAACAGUACUUCCACGCCGGUGGUAGCGGUCUCAAAAAGACUUUCUUGGAGAAGUCCCCCGAGCUACAAUCGCUGCGUUAUGCUUUGUCUCUCUACACUCAAACAACCGACACGCUCAUCAAAACGUUCGUCACCACUCAAACGAACCAAGUUCCCGCUACCAACGCCAAAGCUGAGUGGAGGAGGAAACCCGACAUUCAAAUGGACAGGCAGCAAUCCGAAGACAAGGACGGCGCGGAAGAAGGAAAAGGUCAAGAGGACGAUGACGAAAUGCUCGGAGAUUCGUUUGAACAGACCAGCGAGCAGCGUCAGCAAACUCCGUCCAAAAAAAAGAGCAUACAGAACCAAUCAAAGCAGUCGGGGACAGAUUUGCCGAGCGUGGAAGAAGGUAGUGUUGGUGAAGUCAGCGUUCAAGUUGAUUUGUUCACGCACCCGGGCUCUGGCGAGCAUAAAGUCACCGUCAAAGUGGUAGCGGCCAACGAUUUGAAAUGGCCAGUUCAGCCUGGAAUGUUCCGACCGUUUGUCGAAACCAAUUUGGUCGGUCCACACCUGGCUGAUAAGAAGCGCAAAUUUGCCACAAAGUCCAAGUCGAAUACGUGGUCACCGAAAUACAAUGAGACAUUCCACUUUGUCAUCGGCAAUGAGGAAACUCUGGAAUCUUUUGAACUUCAUAUUUGCGUUAAGGACUAUUGCUUCGCACGAGAUGACAGCCUCGUCGGUGUGGCCGUUAUGCAGCUAAAAGAUAUCGUUGAACAGGGUUCGUGCGCCUGUUGGUUGGCUUUGGGCAAGCGUUGUCACAUGGAUGAGACUGGAUGGACGAUCCUACGGAUCUUGUCGCAACGCACCAACGACGAAGUAGCUCGGGAAUUUGUCAAAAUGAAAUCCGACGUGCGGCCGGAAGAACCUGCCGUUCAACAGUCGUAAAAAUGUGACAUUUUAAGAAUAACAACUGAGUUUUGUUUUCCUCCGGAUCGUCACGGUUUAGUUCUCUAGUUUUACUCCAUGUUUGUACCUUACGUCUUCCAGUUGGAGCCACGCAUAUUGUUUGAGUGGAAAGGGCGAGAAAGCUCCACGGUUCGCGGUUUCUUAGUAACUGACGGAUGGGUAAUAAGGAAAUUAAUUGUUAAAAAACGCAUUGGACGGCAAACCUUUUUCAAUCGAAUAAGGGCGGACCGCUCAGAAAAUAGAUGAUGGGACCAAAAUAUAAAAGCGAAAAAGCCGUAUAAGCGAAAUGGCAAGAAUGUGUAACGUGAAAUCUAUCUGAGAGGAAAGGCAAAAGCAGAGGAGUGCAGUAUUGUACAAUUUCAUCAAUCAAUGUCAUUCGUCCAUUCUUUUGUUUCUCUUUUUCCUCUAAACAUGCCACCAGAUGAAUUGUCACGUCUUUUGAAUGUUUACCUUUUUUUUCGGGUGUGAAUGGGUGCCUUUGUGCUGCAAUUAUGAACAAGUGGACGCCAAUUGUUCCAACGCCCUAUUUCCAAUACUUGGAUCCUUUGCCUGUAUACAUCAGUUCGUUUUCGUGUACCGAAAGCUUCUUUUCCUUUCCCCCCUUUUCUUCGACUUCCCUUUUAAAAAAAAAAAAAAAUCUAAGAAUCUACAGCUACCGACGUGGUGAUUUCGUAUAUAUCUCUUUCAUCCAUAUCAGCGUGACUGUGCUCUCUUUUCGUUCCAUUUCAUCAUUCGCUCGUUCAUCGGUGGUCAGUGGACGUUUCCCUGCGUUUUCCUCUCUGUGUUUUCACUCUCUUGUUCUGUGUUCCUCUUGAUAUUUCAAUAUUCUUCAUCAUUCCCUCCCCGCAAUUCAUUCAAACACACAUCACUCUUCACGCGUUCAUACCACAAUGUGUCUGCCCGCCAACCACAAGAAUAAAACCGAAUAUAUCCAAGAAGAAAAGUAAUAAUCAA